ACAGCCAGCGCGGGAUUUUCAAUUACUGUUCCGCCCAAUCGGGAAAAGACUGUGCUUAUAAAGACGGCUGCCGCGGGGCUAGGAGCUCGUUUCUCUCCCCGCCGCUGCGCUGGUGAGCCUGUGUUUUGGUUCGCUAUGGCCCGUACUAAGCAGACUGCCCGCAAGUCGACCGGCGGCAAGGCCCCGAGGAAGCAGCUGGCCACCAAGGCGGCCCGCAAGAGCGCGCCGGCCACGGGCGGGGUGAAGAAGCCGCACCGCUACCGGCCCGGCACCGUGGCCCUUCGAGAGAUCCGGCGCUACCAGAAGUCCACGGAGCUGCUGAUCCGCAAGCUGCCCUUCCAGCGGCUGGUACGCGAGAUCGCGCAGGACUUUAAGACCGACCUGCGCUUCCAGAGCUCGGCCGUGAUGGCGCUGCAGGAGGCCAGCGAGGCCUACCUGGUGGGGCUGUUCGAAGACACGAACCUGUGCGCCAUCCACGCCAAGCGCGUGACCAUUAUGCCCAAGGACAUCCAGCUGGCCCGCCGCAUCCGUGGAGAGCGGGCUUAAGAAGUGCGGUUCGGCCGGAGGUUCCAUCGUAUCCAAAAGGCUCUUUUCAGAGCCACCCACAUCAGCACUUGGGAGAAGCUGUACCGCUUGCCCUCCGUGCUCCUCCGGCAUUAGA